AUGGCGGACGAGUCUUUCGAUGCAAUAUGCGUGGGUGCCGGCUUCGCGGGCAUCCACAUGAGUUACAGACUGCGAGAGCUGGGAUUGAAGUUUCUGGUCAUCGAUCAAGCUGGUGAUGUGGGGGGGACGUGGUUCUGGAACUUGUAUCCCGGGGCAAUGUCCGAUUCUGAGAGUUUCAUCUAUCGCUUCUCGUGGGACAGAGAUGAUUUGAUGAACUACCCGUGGAAAGACCACUACGUCAAGCAGGAUGAAGUGCUCGCCUACCUCAACCACGUGGUAAAGAAGCACGACCUGAGGAAGUACAUGCAAUUUAACACGCAACUGGUCUCUGCCAAUUGGUCCGAAUCCGAUCAAAGGUGGGUUUUGAAGAUCUCCGGUCCCGAAGGAGAGAAGACGAUCUCGACCCGAUAUGCCAUCACGGCUCUAGGGUUGCUAUCGAAGACGAAUCUGCCGGACAUUCCCGGCUUGAAGUCGUUCGAGGGCGAGAUGUACCACACUGGAGCGUGGCCUAAGGGUACCGAUGUGACGGGGAAGCGGGUUGCUGUGAUCGGCUGUGGAUCGACGGGUGUCCAGGUCAUUACGGAGAUUGGAAGCAAGGUCGGACACUUGACCUGCUACCAGCGACAUCCUCAAUACAGCGUUCCAUCCGGCGACAGGGCGGUGACUGCCGAAGAGCGACAGCACUGGAACGAGAAUUGGGACAACAUCUUCGAUUUGGUGAAGAAUUCAAUCACUGCGAUGGGCUUCAAGGAGAGCCAACGGUCGUUCCAUGAUGCUACGCCCGAAGAACGCGAGAAAAUCUUCCAAGAGGCCUGGAACAAAGGCAAUGGGUUCAAGUUCAUGUUUGGCACCUUCAGCGACAUUGCUGUUGAUUGGGAGGCCAACGAAGCAGCGGCUGACUUUAUUCGCCGGCAAAUCGACAAGAUUGUGAAGGAUCCCGAAAAGGCGAGGAAGUUGAAGCCACACGAUGUCUACGCCCGUCGGCCACUGUGCGAUGGCAAUGCUAGGAGUGGUGAAAGCUACUUUGAUCAGUUCAAUCGGGACAAUGUUGAUAUCGUCGACCUGAAAGAGACCCCAUUCAAGCAGGUCGAGGCCAAAGGGAUCCGAACAUCGGAUGGCAAGUUUACGGAGCUUGAUUGCCUGAUUUUAGCAACUGGAUUCGAUGCCGUGGACGGGAAUUACCUGAGGUUAGCAAUCCACGGCCGCAACGGAGUGUCGUUGAAGGAGUAUUGGGACGAAACUGGACCAACCAGCUAUCUGGGAGUUGCCGUGCCCGAGUUCCCCAACUGGUUCAUGAUCUCCGGUCCGAAAGGGCCCUUUACGAAUGCGCCGCCGCAGAUUGAGCGCCAGGUGGAGUUCAUCAGUGCCGCAAUCGAAGACAACGAGAAGGCGGGCGCGCGGGUGCCGAUCGAGGCCACGCAUGAAGCCGAGCGCGCAUAUUCCGCGUAUUGUGAGGAGUUGGCGGCGCAUAGUCUCUUCUGGAAGGCUGAGGACAACUGGAUCUUUGGAGCCAACAUUCCAGGCAAGCCAAAACAGUUACGCUUCUUUUUCGGAGGCAUGCAGGCGUAUAGGCAGAAGCUGGUAGAGGUGGUGUCCAAGGGCUACGAUGGAUUCAAGCCAUUCACUUCCAACCCAACUGCACGGGUGUUUUGA